AGCAGAAAACGUGUCAUGUGAAAGAUGAACUAUAUCCUUUAACCUCAUCAGUUGCAAAAUGCUUUUAAUUUGUAGGUUAAGAAAAAAUAAAGUGUUAUAAGAUAUAACAUUUGUAUUAGUAUUGGUAAAAUAAUUAUUAAAACAUGUCUAUGUUAGCUGAAAGAAAACGUAAACAGAAAUGGUCACUUAAUCCCAGAGGCAAAGAGUGGAGUCAAGAUGCGAAUAAGUUCGGACAAAAGAUGCUCGAAAGAAUGGGCUGGCAAAGUGGUAAAGGCUUGGGACGUAAGGAAGAUGGAAUAACUGAACAUAUAAAAAUUUCUCAUAAAAAUGACAACAAAGGUAUGGGUUAUAAAGAGACGAAUGAUCAGUGGACAGAACAUGAGACCAAUUUCAGUGCUCUUUUAGAAUCAUUAACAGGAGAAAAAAUAGUGGAAGAUGAUACAAAAGUUAGUUGCUUAGAACAAAAAUCACAAACUUCAAGAGCUAGAGUUCAUUAUCACAAAUUUACCAGGGGUAAAGAUUUGAGCAGGUAUUCUGAGAAAGAUCUGGCUAACAUAUUUGGUAGAAAAUCUUUACAAAAGUCAAAAAAGGAAGAAAAUAAUGUGGAUUAUACCAAUCAAGAAAAGUCAAAUGAUCUUCUAGUAAAUGGAGGAUCAAUGAUGGAUUAUUUCAAAAAGAAACUUCCAAAUUUUGGAAAAAGUAAUGGAUACAUAGUUGGUAAUAAUGGAGUCCUUCAAAAAGUAGAAUCUGAAUCCGAGUUCAGAAAUUCAUUUGGUUUUGGUUUUAAAGCUGAUAGUGCAGAUAAAAACAGAAGUUCAGAAUCUGAAAGUGAAAUAGGACAAUCCAUUGGCUUUGGAUUCAAUUCUAAACAAAAAGGAGCCACAGAAUCGACUUUUGUAUCAUAUAUAUCAGGUAAUAAAAGACCAGCAGAAGAAAUCGAAGAUGAAGUUUUUUCACCGAAAAAGAAAUCUAAAAAAAAUAAACUGAAAAUUGUAGAAAACAAUGGUAUCUCAAACCCAGCUUUUAAUCCAAUGAGCACACCUGUUAAAAUUCAAAAACAUAUUUUGAAUACCAUAGAAGAAAAUGUUACUGAAGAUAUUGAUGAAGAAAAUGACAAAUUAAAUACAUCAAAUAGCUUGGAAAUACUUGAAGGUAAAAGCAAAACGAGAAAAGGUACUGAGGAAAAUGAAGAAAACAUAUGUAACACUUCAGUUAAUAAAUUUAAGAAGAAGAAAAAGAAAAUAAAAGAUGCAAUUGAAACAGGAGAAGUUAAGAACCUAAAGGAUAUUUACCAUGUUGAACAUUCAUCUAUUGAAGAAGUUGCACAUAAAAAGUCUAAAAAGAAAAAGAAGAUACCGAAAACAGAAAAAAGUAUAGAUAACCCAGUAUUUGAUGAAAAUGAAGAUUUAUCAAUAGAUGUGUCUCAAAUUGAGGAAAAUUAUUUUGAAGUACCUUUGAAAAAACCUAAAAAGAAUAAGAAUAAAAUACACAUGGAAAAUUCACUGAAUGAUUGUACAAAAAAUGUUUAUGAGACCAAAGGUAAUCCAUAUGAGUUCAAAGGAAAAAAAACAAAGAAGAAAAAUAAGGAGAUUGAAACAGAAUCAGAAAAAAGUAUAGAAAAUCCAACCUUCAAUGAUGACGAAGACGAAUCUAUAAAUAUUUAUGAAGUUAAUGAAAAUCCUUAUGAAAUACCAGCAAAAAAAGUAAUAAAAAAGCAAAAGAAAAAAGAGGAUAAGAGUAUAGAUAAUCCAAUAUUUAAUGAAGCAGAGGAAACAUCUUCAAGUAAUUAUCAAAUAGAGAAGAAUUCCUUUGAGGUUGAAAUAAAAAAAAGCAAAAAAUCUAGAAAAAUUGAAAUUGAUAAUAUAAAUUACAAUGACACAGAUUUAUCACUAAUACAGGAUAAUCCAUAUGAAGUAAAACCAAAGAAGAAUAAGAAGAAAAAUAAGACAGUUGCAGAUAAUAAUAUUGAAGAUCAACAAGAAAAAAUAGAAAAUAUGAAUCCAUGUAAAGUAAAAUCAAAAAAGAGAAAAUUAGAAGCAAAUGGUAUAGAAAAUCCAGCCUUGGAUCUAAACAAUACAAACAAUGAAGAAAGUAUCAUCCCAGAGGAAUUUGAUCUGAUGUUGAACAUAGUUUCCACUCCGAUACAAAAAGAACAAACCAAGACAAUUCCAGUAGGAUCAGUGAAUAGAGUGGAAAGUGUUAAACGUAGAAAAAGUGUGAGGUUUAGUGAUGUGACUCAAGAAUUAAUAAUCCCGAAUAAUGAUGAACUGAAAGAAAUGUACAAGAAGAAAGAUAAAAGUAAAAAGAAAGGUUUAGAUAACAUUAAUUUUGAUGAACACAAUAUAGAUUUACAAGAAAAUAUAAAUACGAUUUCUAAGACUCUGGAUAACUACCAAGCUGAAAUAGAAAAUGAUAUGAAUGAGGAAAAAAUGAAAACUGUUACAACUGAAGAUUUUAUGGUGGGAGAAGUGGGAAAUCCUGAUGGAGAAAAUGAGCAGGUGAUUGAUGGGGUGAAGUUGAAAUUCAAAUACGCCAAUAUGAAUACCAAAACGCCUUUCUAUAUGUUGGAAAGCGUGGGUGCUAAAAAAUCUUAUAAACACUUAAUUAAAGGCGAUAUCUUGUUGACGUUCAAAGACAGUAAUUUACAUAAAAUCAAAGGAUAUGGUGUGAAAAAUCCAACAAACUUUUAGUGAAUGUCUUUUUUUUAAAUUUCUUAAAUACAAUUUUUCUGUAUUUAAUAAAAGUUUUAUUUAUUUAUAA